GUUCAAUGUUUUUACCAGUACAGUGGUAAAGUAUCUGCACCAGCUGGGAAAGAUGCCCGUAGGAACAGUAGUGUGUAUCUUGCGACGGCAAGAUAUCAACCGUUUCUUGAUAAGCUGCCCGUACCUUGCCAUAGCACGAACUGUUCAAUUAUAGCUUUUUCUUUCUCAUUGGUUGCAGCAGAGUAGAGUCAAGUGUAGACCAGGUCCACCUUUUGAUAUGGUACCCCAUUUUCGGAGAUUCCCCGCACAAGGGUUCUGAGGCCUCUUUCCUUAUCUUGGAUUUAACGAACACGGACUCGUUUGUCACUAUAAAUGUAGGGAUGCUCUUCAUUAAUUGCAAAUGUUUGGUUGACUUCGUUCUUCUGCCACUGUGUUCCGAACCUUCAGCUUUCUUCGGCUAUUGAAAGGCAUUCAUCCAUCACCAUGGCUGUUCUCAACAAAAGUCUGGUUCCAAGGAACAGCAAAGCGGUUUGCUUGUUACUCACCGCGGCGUCUGGCUUUAUGGCUACUACAAUUGGAUAUGAUGGUUCUAUGAUGAAUGGUCUUAAUAUUCUUCCCUCCUAUACAGAUUAUUUCAGUUUGACUACUACGACUCUCGCCUUGAACACUUCUGCAGUUUGGCUUGGAGGUUGCAUUGGUGGGCUUUUCUAUGGAUAUGUUGUUGAUGCAAUUGGGAGGAAGAACGGGAUGUUCUUGGCGGCAGCAUUUACUACCUUUUCCGCAAUCUUGCAAGCUGCGUCUCAAAACAUUGCCAUGUUCGUCAUCGCACGUAUCUUUAUUGGAUUCGGUACCAGUGCUUCAGGUGUUGCUGGCUCUACCUACCUUGCAGAAACUUUACCUCACAAUUGGCGAGCUUGGGGUUUGGGAAUCUACUACGAUUUCUGGUACAUUGGUGGACUACUCUCCGCUGGAAUCACCUACGGAACAGCUCAGAUGGAGAGCACAUGGGCUUGGCGAUUGCCAUCCGCUAUGCAAGGCUUCUUUAGCAUCCUCUGUAUCUUGAUUUUGCCAUUCAUUCCAGAAUCACCCCGUUGGCUCAUCCACAGAGACCGCCAUGAGGAGGCUAUCGAAGCUAUCUCCCUUGCAUAUUCUGAUGGCGACCAUGAAGACCCGAUUGUUCUCGCCCAGUACAAAGAGAUCGUCGAUACCCUCAAAUUCGAAGUAGAGAGUGGCGAAACCUUGUCCAUGGUGCAAAUGAUGAAGUCAAAGGGAGCCCGGAAGAGGACAUUGCUUAAUGUUUCCGUUGCUGUUAUCAGUAUGCUGAGUGGAAAUAACAUCAUCAGUUACUACCUUGGAACGAUGCUGGACAAUGCCGGUAUUACUGACAGCACGACCCAGCUCCAGAUUAACAUUAUCCUCAACGCUUGGUGUCUCGUCAUUUGCCUUUCCGGCACGUACCUCCUUGAGCGUGUUGGCCGAAAGCCACUUGCAGUAGUCAGCACAGCUCUACUGAUCCUAUUCAUAUUCAUUAUUGGCGGCCUGACAGCUGCUUACGGAACCUCUACCAAUACUGCUGGAAUCUAUGGCACAGUCGCGGCCAUCUUCUUGUUCCAGGGUUCCUACUCUAUCGCUUGGACACCUUUGACCAUGACAUAUCCUGCCGAAGUCCUGAACUUUAGCAUUCGAGCCAACGGCAUGGCAGUCAAUACGUUCUUCGCGAACGGCAUUGGUUUAUUGGUGACUUUUGCAUUCCCCUAUGCCUUGACGGCCAUUGGCUGGAAGACAUACAUGAUUAACGGAGCUUGGGACAUUCUUGAACUUGCGUUCGUCAUAUUUUUCUGGGUUGAAACAAAGGGAAAGACCCUUGAGGAGAUUGAUGAGCUUUUCGACGGCGUCAAGCAUAGCGAUGUCCCUGACCUGGAAGCUAUCAUGAAUGGAAAGGCUGAUUUAAGCAAUCUGAUUGUCGAAGGCGAGGGGUUCGACGCUGAGCCAACACAGAUUUCGGUGGAGCCCAGCAAGAAGGCUGAUUGAAUGAAAUAAUUGGGGUGCCCGAAACAUCGAAAAGCUGCCAGACUAGAACGAACUUGAGUUUGGCACUAGGCCGAAGUCGCAAUAGAAAAAUAAAUCGAG